CAUAGUUCACGGCGAUAUGAGAAAUGAGAGCACGGAGCUCGAGCGGAAGUAAAUACUAUUCACAUCAACAUUUAUCUAGCUCAGGACCAGCAGCAAUUACCAGUGUUAGCGAGGAUGGUUUGUCCCUCCCGUCUCGACAGUGACACAAACGUACACACGAUAAUUACCUGAUUAACACAACAAAAUGGCGACAAAAUCUGUGACAGCAUUGGUGGUGUUUCUAAGUUUCGUUGCUGGAACAGUUAGAGGUCAGGGAACCGGAACCGGAAAUGGCAACAAAACAGAGAUAACACACCACGUGAUGUCUACAAAUUUUCCUCAGCCAUAUCCUCCAAACACCCACCAGCAGUGGAACUACAGUAUGGACCAUGGUCAGUGGACGGUCAUUUUCAGAACCGUGGACAUCGAACAGUCACGUCGCUGUCAAAAAGAUUACCUGUAUAUCUAUGACGGGGCAAGCUCAGAGCACCCCGAGAAAAGAUUAUGUGACAAGCUUGAAAAUAUGGCCGACUUCCGAACGACUCACUCCUCGAUUCGGAUUGUCUUUCACUCAGACGAUACUGGCCAGGCGCAGGGAUUCGACUUGAACGUGGUCCACAUUCCAAAUGAAGAUUACUACAAUGAACUAUUGCUGAAAAGACAUGCCCAAGCUGCAAAGAUGAGUGUUGUUCAAGUGGUGGACUCAUCAAAUUCGUCUGAUUUGUUGAUUCCCCUGACCGUUACUUUGGUGAUAUUGUUCUCAGUCCUCAUCUCCUUGACUGUCUACCUCCUUGUUUGCCUUAGACGGAAGAAAAGCCAUGCAAACGACACAAUUCUGGCAAUCCAGCCUCACCGACCGUCGACGCCCUCGAAUAUCACUUCCGGUCGACGAUAUACGCGCCAACUUAGCGUCGACAGUGACAACCUGUCCCAUCUCUUACCGUCCAACAAACCGGAAGCUCAUUCGCAAAAACAGCCAGAUUCUCCAGGUUACAACAGUUACAUCUGAACAUUCAAUCGACUAUCUUUAAUGUGACUAAAUGAAGACUCUCCAUUUUCACAUUGAAAUCAAAUCUUGACAAAACAAGUACUGAACCAAAACCGAAACUUACGGCUAGGAAACAAAACUAAGGUGAUAAGAUGUAAUACCAAAAUACCCGUUUCAUCCAUGUAGAUUUCAGUAGUCUGUAAAAACGUGUGUUUUGGUAUAGGAAAGCUAUAUGAAUUUUUAUGUACAACGUUUUUUUUCGUUACAUCAGAUUAGCUAGUAACGUUUACGAGCUCCUCUUGUGUGCUACUAAUACCGCAUCGCCUACAAAUACAGCUUUGUAAAAAUUGCCUUGUAAGAUUUAAGUUGCAUAUACAUUUGGAAACUGUGUAGUUCUCAUUGUUACUGUAUGUCAAUCUGUAGUUACAGAAAUUGUCACGACACGUUAACCUGCAAGAGUUAUUGUAUGUAAAAUCAACGUAAUACAUUUCUUAAACUGUAAAUUGUUACUUUAUGGAAACCGGAAGUUUCAUUAAUAGGUUAACUAGAAAGUGUUCCGAUGCGUAACGUGGACAUUACAACAGUAUAUGAAGUUAUAAACCGAAAUUUUUUCCCCCGCACAAACCGGAAAAUGUAACUCUAUGUAAUCUUUAAGAUGCUGCUGUAUAAAAAUGUAUACUAGUACAUGGAUAAAAAAAAUAUUUUCAACAAAUGUUGUUAUUUAUAUAUUGAACGAAACUUGUGUUAACUGGAGAAUGCAACUGUUUGUAUAUAACACAAAAUUAUUUACAAUUUUUAUUUUCAUAGACCUUUUUCGUACAUAUACAGCUGAACCCGAACAAGAGACCAUCCCUGUUAAGCAUCCUUCUCUCUAAAUAGUCCACCAUUUUGAAAUCCACAAAGAUCGAUUAAUUUCAUAUUCAUAUGAAGAAGUCAUGCCUGUUUAGAGAACACUUUAAAACCUCCAAUUGGUGUUUUAUUGAAACAGACUUUAUAUGUACUAGACAUUUUGUCAUUAAGCAUACAACCUGUUGUAAAUAUAAUAUUCAAACAUAGAAAAUAUACGGAAUCUUUCAUAUAAAACAUUUGUUGUAGCAUAUUUCACCCACAGAAUUAGAUAUGGUUGACAUUCUUUUCUUUUCCUUUUUGUUUAAGAAGCGGGGGCGGGACUGGUAAGGAUGGGUUAGGUGUGUUACAUUUAUGUACUUGAUACUUAUGUUUGACCUAUCAGAGCUAAUGUUACAUGUACACUAAAUGACCGGCACAUAUUUUUAAAUCCGUCAAAUAAUUGAACUGAUGCCUAUUAUAUAAAACUUAAAUAGUAAUCGGUUUAAUUUGAAAUGAUCGUGGUCAAGCCUUAAUCGUAUCUCAAAACCAUAGGCCAGUCAGAAAAAUAAUACAAAACGCACACAGUUUCAUAUUUGAAUAUCAAGUUGUAUGUUUCCUUAUACAUUACUGUUGAGAUUUGCAUUUAAGAUAUUAUACACAUUUUUAACUGACAUGAUUAUAGUGCAUGUAAUGUUUAACUUUAUUAAAUAUUUUAAUUAUGUUCCAUGAUUUAGUUGAGUAUAAUCCUUUAUUACUUUUUUAUAUUUGAUUAAAUUUCUUUCUGCGGAACUGUUUUGGAGAGUUGAUAGAUGUAAAUAUAAGGAAGUGUGUAUCCUUAAGUUUGAUGUUUCAUGCAUUCAAUUUGACGUCAUGAUGAGACAUAAUCUUGCUGUAACACUUUUUGUGAAUAUAUAACUUUGUUUGUUUGUUGUAUUAUGUUUUUGUUAUAAUAAACAUGUACUAAUGUUUAAAAGUUUCAAAUUGUGAAAAAUGCAGAGUCAAACCUACUCGUGCGAGCACCUGUAUUAAGAGACCACCUGUAUUAAGAGACAACCUAUAUUAAGAGACCACCUUUAUUAAGAGACACCUCUAUUAAGAGACCACCUGUAUUAAGAGACCACCUGUAUUAAGAGACCACCUGUAUUAAGAGACCACCUGUAUCAAGAGACCAUGUUUAAAAUCCCCCUGUAAUGAUUUCAUUGUGACUUGUUCUGAGGGGUCCUUAUGGUGGUCUCCUAAUACAGACUGGACGGGACUUUGCGAACUUGAUUGUAAAUAUGCUUCUUUGAUCUUUUGUUAAGAACCACCUGCUAGCUUCUGAAAUAGUGUUUGUUAAAUUGUUGGCAGUCAGUGGUGUACUGAUUGAAGUGCUUAACAUACCGGUCGAUUGCCUGUUUUGAUAAAGAUGUUUUGGAGCUGUUCAUUGAUAGGUCUUCGUAUGCAAAACAUGCUUUGCGAUACAUUUCAGAAAUGUAAGGUGGUAAUAUUUUGUUUAAUAAAAGAAAUCAACAGUGAUUUACAUUUCGUCUAUGA